GUGGCUCUGUGGCUCACGCCGGUUGCACGCCGGGGUUGUCUUUCUACUCAACACUCACAUCUAUAAAUCACCAUUCAAUCCAAGGGAAACUCACUCGACUAUGUCCGACCUUGAGUGGUUCUUCAGAGAGGAGAAGAGGAUCCUGGACAUGCCUGAAGAAACGGACGAGGAUUAUCUCGCUCGUGUGUAUGGGUAUAGGCCCAGUGAAGAUGCAGCUGUCGCUCACGAAGGGGGGGCCUCAAAGGCGCCCAUAAUGGAUGCCGACAAACCAAGGGAGCUGAAUGUCGACAUGUCCGAGUCGCGUAAUGAAGUGCCGAAAGUGACCGUUCCACCAGAAGAUUUACAUCUAAACCAGGGAAUGACGACGAAGCGCAAAUCAUCGACGGAGAGGACUGUAGAUCCUUCUGCGCGCCACUCAAAGAAACGGAGAUUAAGCCCAGAGCAUAAGAAGGGUUCUGCCUCGGUUACCCUAGCCCAUGCCACGGGCUCUGCGUCCGACAAUCCAGAUUCUCAUGAACUACACCAGACAUCUGUUGGACCGCCUACAGACGCAGCCGGUCCCCAGAGUCCCGUCGCGCGGCUGCCUCUACAGCAACCGGUUGUGAAUAAAACAACAAUCACCUCUCCAGCACCAGACAAAGGCAAAGCUCGCGAACAUGAAGCAAAUCAUGUCGACCCACCGCUGCAUCCCUAUAGCAAGAGCACUGGUCGUAUCAUCGCGACGAACAAUGACAAGCAACCCGACGUCCCCUCUCCGCAACAGGCAUCCGACGACGCAACCCGAACUACACACGCUCGAUCUUCCAGUCAUGCGAAGCGGGCGGUCAAGAGCAAGGUCAUCAAAGUAUCCACCGCCAACCCAGGCCCAGCUGCGGCCCCUAGCAGCAGUUCCGUUACUACCCCCGCGGCUCCAGGACCGUCCUCGUCAAAAGCGUCUGGCGCGCGUGCAAAGAAGGCGGAAGAGCCGAAGCCGAAGACGGACGCGCUCAAGAAGGAGAAGUCGGGAAAGAAGAAGAGAGAGCUCAUUACUCCGCGGGAGUACGCCCAGCGCCUGCAAGAUAACUUGUCUGAGGUGGCAGCGACGCGGAAGAGCCGUGCCUCGCCGUACUUACGGGGGGAGAGGAUUUACUACCACGGCGGUGACAUGCAGUAUGCGAGCGAGGAGACGCGGAAGCGUAUGGAUUAUAUCAUCAGGUAUGGAGGCACCGUGGUGCCGACCUACGAUCCAGAGGUCAUCACGCACAUUGUUACGACCGAAAAGCCGUCUGCGCCAGCGUUCCUGCGGGCGACUGGAUUGCGCUCGCUCCGCGACAUCCCGAACCAUAUUCCGACGGUGACGUGGAGCUGGGUCAUUCGUGCGCCCAGGAGAGUAAUCCCGGAAACGCCAGUCGAAAAGGGGGGAGAGAGCACAGACGUGGCCGACAACAACAAGGGUGACAAGACUGAGCAGAUCGAAGACAGCAGUUCUGAACCGACAGCCGACUACCAUCUCAUCGUUCACGCGGCGUUCAAGGAUCGGUUAGACGCUGGCAUGCCGCCGCCACCUUCGAAUAAGGGCCGCUCGAAGCCACAGCAAUCCGCAACCUCGGCGGCAAGUGGUCCUUCCCGUCCUACUCCGCAGGAGCCGAAGAGUGGACGAGAUGGCAGUGACACCAGUAUCAUAUCGGAGUUUACGGUCGACCGCGUUGAAUCUAAGCAAUCUGCAAUACUCGACUUCGACGAUUCGUCCUUUUUGGGGAAGUUGGCCGCAGGUCCUAAUGGCGCAGGGGUACCCGGGAGGGCUACUGUCACCGACAACCCGAAAUCUUCGCUGAACAACAAGAGCGAUUCUACCCCUGAGGUGGACUCAUUAGCUCCUUUCUACAAUCAAGCACGUGCGGAGCGAGAAGCAGAGGACUUGCGGUCUGGACUGAGCAGCGAGGAAGAAUCGGCCAAGGAGAUUGGCAAUGGUGGGAAGCGUGCUGCGACACACGCGGUGUCGAAGAAGAGGGGCUUCUUGUGCGAUUCGAAGGCGGAAGAGCAUACUGCUUGUGCAAAUCAGGACGUUGUCAAUAAGCUCCAAGAACUGAGGGAGUUGCACAAGGCCAAGUUGUCGAAGGAGGAUACAUGGAAAGUCUACACUUAUGACAAAGCCAUAAGGGCACUUCGGUCUUACCCUACGAGGAUUCGGUGUUACGAGGAAGCGCUCGCCAUACCAGGUAUUGGGGAUAAAACGGCCCAGAAAAUCACUGAAAUUCUGCAAACGGGGGAUUUGCGGAGAAUAGGAUACGAGAAGACGGAGGACAUCGAGGCGAUCAACAUGUUCCAGGGUAUCUAUGGAGUCGGCCGUCAGACCGCAUACAAGUGGUAUGCAAAUGGAUGUCGUACCUUGGACGACGUACGGGCGCGGAAGGGUGGCAUCAAACUGAGUACAUGCCAAGAAAUAGGGCUGAAAUAUUAUGCAGACAUCAACUCCAGAAUGCCCAGAAGCGAGGCUGCAGAUAUCUAUAACUUGAUCAGGCCUAUAGCCUUGCAGAUCGACUCCAAGCUCUCCGUCGAGAUCAUGGGGAGCUACCGACGUGGGAAGCCAGAUUGUGGAGAUGUCGAUAUUCUUAUCACUCGCCCUACAGGCGACGGAAAGACUCACCAAGGAGUUCUCCGGAAGCUCUUGGGUGAAUUGCACCGAAGAGAAAUCAUCACAGAAGACCUGUCGCUACCAGACACAUUCGAUGACCUAGAGCUUGUGUAUCGGGGCCUGUGUCGUCGGGAUUUGUCAAGUCCAAGGCGCCGCAUUGAUUUCUUGACUGUACCAUACGAGUCGAGGGGAGCAGCUCUUCUUUACUACACUGGCGAUGACAUUUUCAACCGAUCGCUACGGCUGAAGGCGAACAAGAUGGGAUACUCACUGAACCAGCGCGGCCUAUACCAAGGUAUCGUACGCAACCCGAGCAACAAGCUGGAGAAAUUGAAUGAAGGCACUAUUAUAGCAUCUGAGACGGAGGAGGAAAUUCUUCGAAUACUAGGUGUACCAUGGCAGGAGCCCCAUGAGCGUAUUAGGGGCUGAGACUGUCUUCAGCUGUGUAUCCUGCGACUCGUCGUGUCUCAUAACUAGAGACCGUAUUCAAAGAGAUGCAUCGAAUUGUCGCAUGUCAAGUGCAGGCCCUGUCUCGUAGGAAUACAAGACGGUCGACGUAGCGCACAAUAUUGAAGCACGCAAUGGGCGCAAACGUUUGGCAUACAUAGAUUGUCGUGAUUUCAUAGCAUCCUCGCAAGCAAGCCCCCCGUAUGUCAAGAAAACCAAUC